AAAAAAAAAACUUAAAAUAAAUAAAACUGCAUCGUACAAACACACAACGAAUAACAUAGAGAACGACAGAGGCGGCGCCGACAACGACGACGGCGAUUUGUUUGGCGCGUGAACGACGACAACGGCAACGAAUUGAAUUGAAUAAUCAUUCAAACAAGAUUAAAACAUGGAUUUGUUUAAACAAAAUGACAGCAUGCCAAUGACCUGGCUGACAUGGCGUCAAUUUGUAGGCCUUAUAACUCUAGUGGUGUUUGUAUGCAAUUUAAAUAUCACAACCGGUCAAAUCGAUUGGGACGACGACGAUGAUCCAGUUUCAACGGUGGCAAUUGAAGCGGUAUUGGGUCGCACUGCCACAUUGCCGUGUGACAUCGAACCGGAAGCCAAGGAUGACAGAGUCUAUAUGGUUCUGUGGUUUCGGGAAAGUGCUGGUAAACCACUCUACAGUUUCGAUGUUCGGGGGAGACCGUUCGAGAAGGCCUUAUACUGGUCGGAUUCAAAUUCAUUCGGACCGAGAGCGUAUUUUGUAACAAACAAACAACCUGCCAAAUUAACUGUUGACAAUAUACAACUGGAUGAUGAAGGAGUGUACAGAUGUCGCGUUGACUUCCAAAAUUCACCUACUCGUAAUCAUAGAAUUAAUUUAACGGUUAUUGUUCCUCCCCAUCAAAUUUUAGUGUACGAUGCAUCCGGUCGCGAUGUGGCUGGAGCGGUCGGUCCUUUAUUUGAAGGCGAUAACAUUGUUUUAACGUGUGAAGUGCGCGGUGGACGACCUGAACCUAUAGUUACGUGGAUGAAUGGUACGCAGCAAUUAGAAUCUGGCAACGGCGUUUCAAUGGGACGUCACGUUACCGUCAAUCGCCUAGAGGUGCCACACAUAACACGUUCAGCUUUGAAUAACACCUAUCGUUGCCAGGCAUCGAAUACAAAACUAGUACCACCAGUGGAACGAAGCAUACGCAUCGAUAUGUUACUGAAGCCCACAUCAGUGAAUUUAACAAAUAAGCAGAAAGUCUUCUCAUCCGGUAUUCAAUAUAAUAUGACUUGUAUUGUUGAUGGUUCAGUACCGGAUACGGAAAUCAAAUGGACUCAAAACAAUCGACCAUUUAAACGUGGCGCUCUUACCGUCAUUCAAACUAAUGGUAAAGUGAAAUCAACUUUAACCUUUAAUCCUCAACCCGAAGAUGAUGGGACUCUAUUAAAAUGUGAAGGAUCAAAUCCACGUUUACAAAAUUCCGCUCUCGAGGACUCCUUAAUGUUAAAUGUUAUGUAUCCACCGCAAGUGACAUUAUCACUGGGCUCAACACUAAAACCGGAUGAUAUUAAAGAGGGCGAUGACGUUUAUUUCGAAUGUCAUAUUAAAGCAAAUCCUAAGGAACAUCGCAUCACAUGGUCCCAUAAUGGUGUACCCGUUACUCAAAAUGUAUCCUGGGGUAUCAUUAUUUCAACGCGUUCGCUGGUAUUACAACGUGUGGCUCGUGUACAUGCGGGCUUGUAUGCGUGUUCCGCUGCCAACGAUCGUGGGGAAACCACAAGUGCUAUGGUGAACCUUAGAAUACGAUAUGCGCCCGUUUGCAGUACAAGUACAGUUAUUGUUAUUGGCGCGUCAUUGGAAGAAGCGGUACCCAUACCGUGCCGUGUUAACUCGGAUCCACCCGAAAUUGAAUUUGAAUGGACUUUUUCUAGUAGUGGCGAACACUUUGAAGUACCAUCUGGGCAUUUCGCUACAAUGCAAGAACCGGCAACAACGGGUGAUAUACAUCGUACGUACAUUGAAUCGAAUGAAACGCAUUUUGAAGCCUAUGUGGAAACUGUUAGUGAAUUAAUAUAUAUGCCAAAAGGUGAACGCGAUUACGGUACAUUAGCUUGCUGGGGUAGCAAUUCUAUUGGUAAACAAUCAGAACCAUGUUUAUUUCAAGUUGUACCGGCAGCUAAACCCGGAGCUUUGCGUAACUGUACUUUGCGGCCCUAUGUUGUGACUUCGGCUUCAUUGAAUUCAUCGAAUCAAACAACAAUGCACGCCAAUCAAAUGAUGAUGGCUAUGCCAACACAGUAUGGGAGGCACGAAUCAAAUUUCCCGCAUAUGGAAUAUGUACGUGAGAGACAUAAUGAACAACAGCAUCCGUAUAACGUUAGUAGAAAUAAAAACAGCAAUAGUAGUGGCAUUCGUGGUACUAAUAGCAACAACAAUAGCAAUCAAAUCAGUAGCAAUAGAAAAGUUUACACUGAUGACGUUAAGAGGACAAGCAACAAAAUAAACUACAGCAACAGCAAUAAUGAUGACAGCGCCAAUAACAAUAAUAAGAGAUCCACUAGUAGUAGUACAACCACUGCUAUCAAAAACACCAACGGCACUAACAAUAAAAGCAUUAAUCAUGAGGCACAACAAGUUGGAAAAAACCAGUCAAUAACCAUGUAUAACAGGCACCAACAAAUGAUACAGCAAAAAUAUCGUCAGCAAGCAUCAACGGUAAACGUAAAUAACGAACAAGAACAGCGUCUAAAAAAGCGUACAUCAUUUACCCCAUCACAGUCGCUGGUGGCCUUUAAAGACGAACAAAUUUCAAAGCAAUCGAAAGGAAGAACAAAACAAUCGCUAGAACAAACCACAAGUGUUAAUAAGAAUCGUCCGCAUACCGUUGAGUCCACAAGCGAACGACCAAUUGCCAUUCCAGCAUCGCAGUCGUUUAUCAAUAAUCAUCAAAAUGAUGGAUUAUCUUUGCCAGCGCAGUUAAAGGCGAAUAAAAACAACAACAUCAGCAAUGAUAUAAAAAAGAAAAAUCGCCGAAAACGUUCUUCAAGAUAUGAAAUGCAAUACCACAAUGCUAAAGAUUGUAAAAACGACGGUAGCAUUGUUGAUGAUAUCGCAAAAAUUUCUACUGGGAAAGAUCAACGUAUUCAACAAGGCCAAAAAGCACAACAACAAUAUUGGAAUGAUAAAGAUAAGAAAAGUAAAAUUGGCAAAAACAGAAAAGUGAAUUCAACUUUGUCACUGUCUACUGCAAAAGUUUCGGAAAAUGUUAUGGCAGCGGUAAGAACAAUAAAAACAACGAAAAUCUUACUAAACACCGGCCGUAAGAGUCAUCAUAACAAGUCUCUCAAAAUCCAACAGAAACAAAAACUGAAUAAUAAAGAAAUUCAUCAUCAUCAUCAUAAUCAUCAUCAUGAUUAUUCCCAUCCUCAUCCUCAUCCACAUAACAGUAGCGAGCACCAGUCGGCUGCCAAAGAAAAACUAUCUAAAGCGUCAUUAUCAAUUGUACAGAGCAGACAUAUCAACAAACGAGAAAUUGCAAUUGGCCGAGAGAAGGUACAACAAGAUAAAUCUAGUGCCGUCAGCAGCAAUGGCAUGAGUUUUUCAUCUUCUUCUUCUUCUUCUUCUUCUUCUUCCAUUUCCAUUUCCUCUUCUUCUUCUGCUUCUGCUUCUACUUCAACUUCGGCAUUUACAUUAAAGCAAUACAGCGGCACAAUUCAAGUAAAGGAUGACAAACCAUCAACUGCAGGCAAUGGAAAUGAACUUAAUAUCAAGCCUGAUUCAUUAAAAUUGAAUGAUAAAAAACGUAUACGCAAAUCAUUGACAGCUCGUAAUAACAAAGAACGACAUUUCGGUAAGAUGCCCAACCUAUCUGAAAUUCAACUUAGCUCCGCAUAUAUGAAUGGCAGCAACGGUACUGAGAAAGUAAGGAAUAGUAUUGAAAACGAUAAUAAUUGGAGUAAAGAAGAAGCAGAACAACAAUCAAACUUGCCACCGAGUGCACCUAAAAUAAUCAGUCGAGCAACGGGAAAUAUCCAGCUGCCCACAAAACCAUCGAAUUCCGUUGAAAUUAUUAAUAGUAGAGAGACAUCAUUGGCAGCCGUGGUGGCAGUUAACGCCGGUGACAGCGCCUAUCAAGGGGAUGAUGAGCAAACAGAAAACAUUGAUGUUUUCGAUAACAACAGUUCUAUAGAAGAAGACGAUGAUGCACAACUUGAUAUCAAUGAAAUCGAUGGUGAGACUGACAACGAUAUUGAAGAAGAUGAACUGACAGAUGAUGAGGAUGCACAAAAUAUUUUAGAUGGUAUGCUAGACGAUUAUAACACACUAGCUGAUUCAAAAAUUUUGGAAGAUAAUGAUAGCGAUGACGAUGUAACGGUCAAUACUAAGCAUGGCCCGCAGUCAACUGUAAACAAUUACUCUAUGAAACAGCAACAACAGCUAAGCCAUAACAGCAAAGAGGAAACACAACUGCAAGCUAUUGAUAAUUCUAAUGACGACAACAGCAACAACAAUAAUAAUCGAAUUUCCGAAGAUACUAUGGAAGAUAGUAUGGAUGAUGUUGAAAAUCUUGUUGGCCUUGACGGAGACGAGAAUCUAGAACAUGAUAUCGAUGAUAAUGACAAUGAUAACGAUGAUGAUGACGAUGACGAUGCUCUUGUUGUUGAUAGUGGUGACGAUGAUGAAAACGACAACGACAACGACAACACUGACGACAACGAUGCCAUCAAUAAGGCAAGCAUUGAUAAUGAGCCGCAUUUUGAUUAUUCACGCAUGGAAUACAAUUUUCAUAACGGCAUUGCUACCCAUAGUCUUAUCGGCACUUACGGUAAUUCAGAUAUAAGCAGUAGCAAUAGCCUUGGUUCAAGCAGUAACGGUGGCGGUGUUGGUGGUAAUGGUGGUGGUGGUGGUGGUGGUGGUGGUGGUGGUGGUGUUGGUGGUGGUAGUAGUAUUAAUUUCGAUAAUUAUGAUAACAUUAUCUAUUCAACAAUGGAAUUAGAAUGUAUGCCAGGUUAUGAUGGCGGUCUCCAGCAACAUUUCUAUUUGGAAGCUUAUGAUUCAAAAACGAAAAAGUUACGUUUAAACACAUCGAGCACAUAUGCAGAUGUGCCAAUAUUUCGCAUUGAUUUAAGCGAUUUAACACCUAUGGAUUACUAUCCGGAUCCAAAUCCCGCACUUCAUCUUAUCGUGUACAGCGUAAAUCAAAAGGGACGCUCAGAGCCAAUCAUUUUAGAGAAUAUACCAAUUAAUGAGGCAGAGAAACGUUCAGAUGGUCGUAUGGGUCUCUCAAUAUUACCGAUAGCUGCUUUGUUGACCGGCACACUUUUCACCGUUGGCAUUGCUAUACUAUUUGUUGUUGUUGUUGCCAUUAGGAAACGCCGCUGCCAAGGCGGCCGUAACAUAUGCGAUGAUAAGGAUAAACAUUUGGGCAUGGAUGUUACCGUUACUGCACCACUGGAGACUGGCCCCGGCCAUCAACGCUUGGUGGUUGCGUACACAUUAAAACAAGGCAUCGAAAAGCAACCGGAUAUAUUGAAUGCUCAAAAAAGUACAACGGGUAGCGUCACUUCAUCACCUUUGGGAAAUCGACCGAGUGGCAUUUUUAUAGAUGCCAACGCGAGCAAUGGCGGUGUUGGCUCAAAAGCAAACUAUGCUAGUAACGGCGGUGUAAGUGCCAGUAAUUCAACUACAAACUACGAUUCUCCAACCAUCAAUUACAACGAAUCUGGCUCAACUGAUCCACUACAACCACAACUUAAUAGCCCGCCAUCUCAAUCCAGUACACUUAAAUUGGGCACAGAUACCCGGAAAACAUAUCAAACACCACCACUGCUCUACGAUGCACUCAAUCGUCACGACAUAUCGCGGUAUGAUCCACUCGGAUUAAAUAUCAACUACGAUGGAAGUAAUAGUACGCUAAGCUCAGGGGGUAGCGUUGGCAAUACUUCACUUACUAAUAAUGCAUCGUCGUCUCUGUUGCAAAGCAAUUUAGCCAAUGGCCAUUACACUAAUCAUCAUCAUCAUCAUACACUGCCGCAUCCUUCGGCGGUAAUACAGCAUCAACCACCAGUUACAACGCACACAUUAGGCUCAGAACAACUUUCAAUAUCUGAUUACUUAACUGCUAGUAGUUUAAUAGAUUACAAUCUUAGUAAAUCGUCAGCGGGGAUAUCGAUAUCGAAUGUUGGUGGCGGUACAAAUGUUCUUAAUGCUGCAACAGCAACAGCAGCAACAAAUGCAGGGGUCGGUCAUAUGACACUGCCAAAAAGUUUAGCUUUAGGCUCCAUAUUAGGAGCCAAUAGCGUUCCACAUGCUACUACCUCCUCUUCCAAUAGUACUCUAACACCAUCAAAAUCAAAUUGUUUGACGGUUACACAGAAGACCAACGCCAGUCGUAAUCAUAUUAUAACCGAUACUCUACCAGGUCCUGAGAGUUGUGUUUAAUUUAAUCUUUUUCUUUCUUUGAAAAAAAAAAGAAAAAAAAAAAAAAAAAACUUAACAAGAAAUUCUGCAUUUACUUGUACAGCAACAAAUUGUACAUAAAUAAUUAUGUACAAAUAUAUAAAACGAUUGACAUAAACUCUAUAAACUGUAUAUGUAAUGAAAUCUUUACCAUUUUUUAGCGAAACUUAAGAAAAGACUGGUGCAAGCUAUAAAUACAAAAAACAAAUGCAAACACAAACACAAACACAUAUGCAUAAACACACGCUACAGACACACGCAUACAAACAUAUCGGACGAAACAUAAAUGUAUUGAAAUAAAUUUUAAGAAAAUACACAAUAAAUAAAUUGCUAUGUAAUCUAUCUAUAAAGAUGUAGCGAUACGUGUAUGAAUGUAUGUACGUAUGUAGUUGUAAUUAAGAAUGAUAAGAAUAAAUGAAAAAAUCAUAUGACACUCUUACAAACCUACACUUAACUAUAUGUUUGCGGAUAUGAACGGUCCAUGCAUGCAUUCUCGCUCAAACACAUGCUCACACAUAGAUACACAAACAUAUCCACUUAUAUACAUUUACAUAAAUUAUACCUAUCGAUAGCUUCUGUCUAUUUGUAAAAAUAAAAUCAAUUAUUGUUAAAGCUUGUAAACGGAUCAUACUUUAAAUAUGAAUACGAGUAUGUGUGUGCGUGUGCAAGUGCGUGUGCUUGUGGACAUGUUCUGUCUCCUUAGGUGUGUUAUGAAAAAUUGAAAAAUAAUUUUGUUUACAUUCACAAUACAUAUUGAUUGUGUAUGUGCGUAUAGAGAUAUUUAUAUAUAUCUCUAUAUAUAAAUAACUUCAAAUUGUUUGUAUUCCUAUGCACAACACUUCAGUGAAUACUUAUAGUUUGUAAUUAAAAAUUUUCAGAAAAUAAAUUUCAACCUACUUAUGUAUAGCUAAACUGAUAUUAUAUACAUACAAAUCAAUUUAUAUAAAACUUUUUACAUUCAUUUGAUUGUGUUUACAAGUGCAUACAUGAAAGCAUAUAUGAUGUAUAAACGUACGUAAACAGUGAAAGCUUACAGCAAUGACUAGUAUCGCAAGAAUAUAUGAUCGUUUAGAACAGUUUAAAAUGACUUCAGCUACGCAAUCCAAAAAAGCAACGGCGGCAGAAUUUAAUAUAAAAUGAUUUUUUAUUGCUUCGAUUAAUUAACUAUAUCAUAUGUUCAAAAAGAAAAAAAAAAACAUUAUAGACGAUUAUGGCCGACCCUUAAAUAUUAUUAAACUACUUCGCCUAAAGCGAUACUGGCUUCUCCCACCUACAAAAGCGGACAUGAUCCGAAUUUACUUUCUUGUCAGAAGUCUUAUCUACAUUUAUUUGCCUUCAUGAAGUAGAAGUAAAAAUUAAACCACGUGGCUUGCUUCAGAUAAGACCCUAAGAAGAAAAA